AUGAGUAAAGCUUGGAAAAAAUAUCAAAGUAAAAAAGAAUCACAAGAAAAACCUAAAGAAAUAAAACUGUUUUAGGAAUAUCCACAUCUACCUUUAGUUCAUCCAAGCACAAAACAAAUAAAAUGA